AUGUCGACACCCCCGCCAUCAGAUGACGCAGAGGGUCACCCCCCAGAAGAGACACCACAUGACGAGGAGGAAGCUAAGAGCGCGUCACCAAGCAAGAAAGAAGCCAAGCAACCCAAAACAUCAAACCGUGGACAUAAACUUCGGCAUAAAAAGCCUACACAUUAUCGAACACAUACCAACGACUUCCCUUCGCAGGCGCCUGGCGAUCCGGUAAUGAGGCAGGCGAUGCGCUACGGCAUCGAUCCCAGCACAUAUCUUCCUCCGCCGCCGGGUGCAUAUCCAGCAAAUACAAACGCGUCUUAUUACCCAUCACCAAAUGUCCCGCCGCCAGCUGGCUAUACCAGCCCUUAUACAUAUCCUGGAGGCGGAGGAUAUUUCUCUACCCCACGAGUAACUGUCCGAGAUCCCCAGUACUUCACCCCACCUGGAUACGAUGUGCCACCGUCCGUAUACUCUGACCCUGGAUACGCUCCCUCCGAUUCUUACGGGUAUGAGGAGGAGAUCCCACCGUAUCCUGAGUACCCAGUGCGGGAGCCGAAAAGAGUUCCAGUUCGGCCGAAACCCUUGCGACAACCGAAACCACAGACCGAGCCUAACCUGAGUAGCCUUCGAAGGGAUGUGGCAUACCAGAGGCCUCGCCAGAAGCGACCGUCUAUACCCACAAUGGAGAGAUCAUCGUCAGAAGAAGGUAUAACUAUGCAAGACAUCAUGGCUGAACUCAGAAACCUCCAACGUCAGGUGUACCAAGCCGACAUACAAUCCGACCCAGGGAGGAUCCAAGGCCGUCCACGGCGAAGCCCAUCAGUCACAAGCCAGUAUACCAGUGAUGACACGAGAUCCCUGAACAUAGAAAGGGAAAGGUCUCGUCAACUCACAAGUAUCAUCUACCGGCUGCUCGAAGAUAGACAAAGACCGGAAUAUCAAGACUCAUUAGGGCUCUCGUCGAGGCAAACAAUGAUGGAUCUUCUUCAGGGCAGGGCAAGGGAACAUGAUGGAGAGAUGGCGCUGGUCAGUCAGCAGGACGCACAGGAGAUACGGUCAAAACUCGAUACUAUCCUGGAGUAUCUUCAGCUUGAGGACGGAUUGGAGUAUGAGCCAGCACCGCAGCGACUUCGCGAUGCCUACGAAAGCAGGCCACAACCCUUGGUCUUGAGAGGUCAGCCAUCUAUUGCCUCAGGCUCCUCAGUACAAACACCAUCAUCGCCUACUGUAAUUCGAGCAGCGCCACGUCGUCGUCAGAAUCUUCCAUCCAUCAUCAGACCACCACAAGAUCCACAGUCAUCGAACCAAGGACGUACCCGACAGGUUCCAUCCAGGCUAGAUGCCGACGACGAGAUGUACGAAGACCCUCGACGUCCUGCACGUACAAGAGUCAGCUCAACACAGAGUGUUGCAUCUCAGGAUAGGAGAAGGCUACAAACAUCGGUUAUCCAAAGGAGUGAUGCUCGGCCACCGGAGAGGAAGAUUGUAGAAGGCGAUCAACAGAAGGUCAGACCUGGUCGGUUUGCGUAUGUCCAGACGGAAGAUGAAGAAGAUGAAGAACCCGCUCGAGCGCCUGUGCCGCCGUACCCAGUGCCCGAUCCGCCUGGACAACCGAGACGGAGAAAGUCUGCAAGAUCUGUAAGAUUUGAUUAA